CGGUCAUCAUUAGAAAGAGGUGCGAUAUAAAAACGAAAACUUUUCUCAAGGGAUCGUCAGUUACAUCCCAACCAGAUCGGCGGAAUCACAUCUUUCCCAAAAACUUAGAAACAACUUAUAAAAAGCAUCAAAAUGAUGAAGCUCAUUUGCUUGUUUGCUAUUCUUGCGGUGGCAUUAGCCGACGUGAGGCCAAUCCAAGCCAGCGCUCCAGUUAAAUCGGAUGCUCCAGUAAAUAGCGAAACGCAAGCACCGGCUGAUUUGGAAAAGGCUGAAACGUUCGGUUUCGGUUAUCACAAGCAUGUUCACGUUGUGCCUCAAUACUACGGCGGCUAUUAUGGCGGAUUCCACGGGGGAUAUCACGGUGGAUAUCUCGGCGGAUACCAUGGCGGCUACUACCCGUACUAUGCUCAAGGUUAUGGCUAUCCUUACUAUUACUAAAUAAAUUUAAAAAAAAAAAACGAAAAUUGU